AUGAGUUUGAACAUUUAUAGUUUCAUAUCUAUUAAGAACCUCACAUUACGUGGUGCUAUACUUUAUGAAAAUAUAGUCGAUAAAUUAGAUUAUAACUAUUUUUAUAAAGAAUUCACAAUGGAAGAUACCUUUUUUUCAUGGUUCCUUAUUACGGAACUGCAUGUAUGGAUGCUAAUGCUGCGUGUAAUGCAAGAAGGAGAAAACGGUUUAAAUCUCAGAAAUUAUAUUGUUGAAGCUAUGUGGAACGAUGUCAAUAUUAGAGCAAAAAAACUUGGGGCAACAAAUUCAACGUUGAUAAAGUCAAACAUAAAAUUAUUAUAUGAACAAUUUAAUGCUUCAAUAAUAGGAUAUGAUGAAACAGUGGGAUCUAACGAUAAAUUUCUUGCUAGUCAUAUUUGGCGACGAUUUUUUAAAUGUAAUAUGGAUAAUCCUGAAAAGUUAGAAAAACUUGUUUAUUACAUUAGAAAACAGGUUGAUACGUUAAGUCAUACUACAAUCACAGAAAUUUUGUCUCCACCUUCUAAUAUUAACUGGAUAUAUAAAUAAUCUGAUUUUAAAUAAAGUACUUUCAUAUCUUUUUAUAA